UGCGCACGUCCCAGAUUUACUAUAAAGUUGCUUUAUCCCUAGUCUCCUUGCUACGUUCAAUUACACCAUAACAAUAACCACUACAAUAUUAUCUAUACCGCCCCCACCCAAUGUCCGGAAUCAAAAUCUCUAUUGAUAGAGGCGGAACCUUUUGCGACGUCCACGCCGUCAUCCCACUGCUCAACGAGGAAUAUACCUUCAAGCUCUUGUCGGUGGACCCUUCCAACUAUCAGGAUGCCCCCACCGAGGGGAUCAGGAGAGUACUAGAACAUGCCACCGGUACCGACAUUCCCAAGACACAGAAACUCUCGCUCCUGUUGGUAGAAUCGAUCAGAAUGGGCACCACCGUCGCGACCAAUGCGCUACUCGAAAGAAAGGGCGCGGAUGUCGCAUUACUCACAACCAAGGGGUUUGCUGACAUUUUGAAGAUCGGCACCCAGGCCAGACCAAAUAUUUUCGACCUCUCAGCCCGAAAGCUCAAGCAGUUAUACAAGCGUGUGGUUGAAAUCGACGAGAGAGUAACCAUUGAGUCGUACACCGAAGGUGGAGAAAAGCCUCCGGUUGACAUCACCUCCGACGCCAGCUUGGUCACAGGUAUCACUGGUGAUGUCAUCAGAAUCCUCCAGGCCCCAGACAUGGCCAUUGUCUCCCAGCAGUUAUCUGAAUUGCACGCCCAGGGGUUCCGCUCCCUUGCAUUGUGCCUUCUCCACUCUUAUGCCUAUCCAGCACACGAACAGGCGAUCGCGGCUUUGGCCCGUCAGAUGGGUUUCCAGGUAUCUGUGUCUGUGGACUUGCAGCCUAUGAUCUCCAUGGUGUCGCGUACCUCCUCCACCGUCGCCGACGCGUAUCUCGGUCCGAUUCUCCAGGAGUACAUGCAGUCGUUUGGCGCGGGAUUCGAAGGUGGCCUCAUGGCCCUCGGCAACAAACUUCUCUUUAUGCAGUCUAACGGGGGCUUAUGUCCCUGGAACGCGUUUUCAGGGCUUCGUGCCAUCCUCUCUGGCCCGGCCGGUGGGAUGGUAGGCUACGCCGAAACCUGUUUCGACGACCGCCCAGGGAACCUUAAGGCAACUAUUGGUUUCGACAUGGGGGGUACCUCUACUGAUGUUUCCCGUGUAUUUGGUGCUCCGGAACACAUUUUCGAGACCGUAAUCUCUGAGGUGUCGUUGCAGACGCCGCAGCUCGACAUCUCCACGGUUGCCGCUGGCGGUGGCUCCAUGCUCUUUUGGCGCAACGGGAUGUUUGUUGUGGGCCCUGAGUCAGCUGGUGCCCAUCCCGGUCCUGCCUGCUACAAAAAGGGAGGUCCGCUCACCGUCACAGAUGCUAACUUGUUCUUGGGCAGACUUCUUCCGGAGCACUUUCCCAACAUCUUUGGCCCUAACGAAAACGAACCUUUGGAUAUCAACGCCACCAGGAAGUUAUUCUUGGAGUUGACCGAGACGAUCAACAAGGACCACGAGAAGCACUUGACCCCGGAGGAGGUGGCAUGUGGGUUCUUGAAGGUUGCGAUCGAAACCAUGUGCCGUCCUAUUAGAACCUUGACCGAGUCCAAGGGGUUUGCCACGGCGGACCACAAUUUGUCGUCGUUUGGUGGGGCUGGUGGACAGUGUGCCGUCAGUGUGGCCAAGAACUUGGGCAUUGAAAACGUCGUGAUCCACAAGUACUCUUCGUUGUUGUCCGCCUACGGUAUGGCGUUGGCGGACAUUGUAAUUGAGAGGCAGCAGCCAAUCUCCGUGGCGUAUGAGGCACCUUCCUUUGUCUCGAUUGACACUACUAUCGCUCGCUUGAAGGCCCAGUGCAUGGAGGACUACCAGAAGCAAGGCCUCACCCAGUUCUCCACCGAGAUGGAGGUGUUUUUGAACAUGAAGUACGUGGGCUCCGACACUCAUCUCAUGAUGAAGCUAGACGGAAACAACACCGACAAGGAGUUUAUUGCGAGACAUAACCAGGAGUUUGGCUUUACCUUGGAGAGAAAAGUUUUGGUGGAUGACAUCAGGGUCAGAUUAAUUGUCCAUUCGACUGCCAAGGAGACGGUGAAUCCAUUUAGGGAGUUUGCUGAUAUCGUCUCUACGACCGCUGAGAUUUCUACAUCCCAGUCGAGUGUGUACUUCGAAAGCGUAGGCUGGUUAGACUCUCCAGUCUACCAGUUAAGUGAGUUGGCAGUUGGAUCCCAGCUUUCCGGUCCGGCGGUUAUCCUCGAUGCAACCCAGACCAUCCUCAUAGAGCCACACUCCACCGCCAAUAUUCUCAAGGAACACGUGCUUGUGACAGUUGAAAAGGAGGCCAAGAAGGAUAUCUCCCGUGUGGUGGUUGACCCCGUCCAGCUUUCCGUAUUUGGCCACCGGUUCAUGUCCAUUGCCGAGCAGAUGGGCCGCACCCUCCAGAAAACCGCAAUUUCCACAAACAUCAAGGAGAGACUCGACUUCUCGUGUGCCUUGUUCGAUCGUAAUGGUGACUUGGUUGCUAACGCGCCUCACGUUCCAAUCCAUUUGGGUGCCAUGUCUUAUGCGGUGAAGGAACAGGCUCAGAGAUGGGAGGGGAAGAUCAAGCAUGGAGACGUGUUUGUGUCCAACCACCCGGUCGCGGGUGGUUCGCACUUGCCUGAUAUCACCGUCAUCACCCCGGUGUUGGAUGAUGACUGCAACGUGUUGUUCUGGACCGCCUCCAGAGGCCACCAUGCCGACGUUGGUGGUAUUGCUGCUGGAUCGAUGCCUCCGGACUCCAAGGAGAUCUUCCAGGAAGGGGCUGCCAUCAUCACCCACAAGCUCUGCGAUGAGGGUGUAUUUGAUGAAGAAGGUAUAACCAAACGUCUUUUGAUCGACCCGGCGCAGUAUGAAGGCUGUUCCGGUACCAGGACCUUGAGUGACAACAUUUCCGACUUGAAGGCCCAGGUGGCGGCGAACUUCAAGGGGAUUCAGCUUCUCCAUAAGUUGGUGGAUGAUUUCUCCUACCCGGUGAUUCAGCUCUACAUGGAGGCAAUUCUUCAUACAGCUGAGUUGUCUGUGAGAAACUUGCUCAGGAUGGCGUACCAAAAAUUUGGUGGUGAAACCAUGAAAGCGGUGGAUUACCUCGAUGACGGCACCCCGAUUGUGCUCGAGAUCGAGAUUGACCAGGAAACAGGCAGUGCUGUGUUUGAUUUCACCAAGUCGGGUGACCAAAUUUACGGUAACCUAAACGCUCCCAAGGCGAUCUUAUUCUCCGCUGUGUUGUAUGUGCUCCGAGCCCUCAUUUCGGGUGAUAUUCCUCUCAACCAUGGUUGCUUAAUUCCGAUUGACGUGAGGACAAGACAGGGCUCGGUGUUGCAGCCAUCUGCCGAGGCUGCUACCGUUGGUGGUAAUGUCGAAACCGCCCAGAGGUGCGUGGAUGUGAUUCUUAAGGCUUUCCAGGCCUGUGCUGCGUCCCAGGGCACGUGCAACAACUUGACCUUUGGGGCCGAAAAUUCCACUGGCCACGGGUUUGGUUAUUAUGAGACAAUCUGUGGCGGUGCCGGUGCUUCUGCUACCUGGAAUGGCCAAUCUGCAGUGCAGUGCCACACCACUAACACCAAGAUUACCGAUCCCGAGGUGUUUGAAAAGAGAUAUCCGGUUAUUUUGAGACGAUUUGAGAUCAGACAGGGCUCGGGCGGUAAGGGUUUCCACACCGGCGGUGACGGUGUGAUCAGAGACAUCGAGUUUACUAUCCCGCUCCAGGUGUCCUGUUUGAUGGAAAGAAGAGCCUUGGCGCCGUUUGGGAUGGCGGGCGGCGAAGACGGUGAGAGAGGCUCUAACUUUUGGUUAAAGAAGAAUGCAGAUGGGAGCUACAGAAAGAUCUACUUGGGGGGCAAAAACAGUGUGAUGAUGAAACCGGGUGAUCAUGUUGUUGUGUGUACUCCGGGUGGCGGUGGUUACGGAAAGGCUGGUGCUGAACGUUUGGAUGACGGAGUUCAGUAUCCAGCUGCAGAUGCAACACAGGCAGUAUCACGGAUUUCUGGUAGUGUCGCGAUGAGAACGAUCAUGCAAGAGACUAACUAGGAGUGGAAGGCGAUUGAAUAUUGGACAUAUAAGCAACUUAUAAGCAACUUAUUGCGCUCCUUUUGGUAUACAGCAACUAGCGAUAAUCUCUCACGACUUAUUGUACCCGCUAUCACCUACUAGAUAUACUACACUUGUAGGGGGGAAUAUUUUCACGUCAUACAUUAAUUAUAAUUAGAGAUGUAAGCUGUCGAAGAGCCUUAAACUUUGGUAUAUAACCCAUUACGAUAGACACUUUGGUUACUAGCAAUACGG